CUUUUGUGACGUCAUUGUUUACGUUUGUCGCGUUGCAUCAUGGGAAUCGUGUGGCAGGAAACACCGCUAGAUACCUGUAAUUUGAUUGUUUUGCACGUUUGGAUGAGGAUUUAGAGAAGAGGAUGGUUCACUCUUGCUGUGUGGUCGAUUGUACGGCUCGUUGGGGGCCUGAUAAAAAGUUUUUUCGAAUUCCCUCCGAAAAGGAUCGCGAAAAACGAAAGAAAUGGUUGCGUGCAAUUAGGCGAUUGAACCUGGACGCUCCGAAGAAAGCCUGGAUUCCUGCAGCUUCUGAUCGAGUUUGUGAGGCUCAUUUUGUUCAUGGUGUCCCAAACCGCGAUCCACAGCACCCAGACUAUGUUCCUCACAUCAAAAUGGGCUAUUCUGGAUCGCAAAACUUAAAAGCAAAAGAAAAGGCUGUUCAGCGAUACGAACGGAGGAUCAAGAGGCAACGCCUUCCAUCCGCAAUGCCUUCCACUUCUACUUCCGCUACGGUUCCGGACCUGGGUGAUCAUGAUGUUAGCAUGGACUGUGAAGUGAUCGUCAGUGUUGACCCCGAUCCCACUUCUGCUGACAACGAAAUGACCACAGAAACUAGCGCCAGUUGCUCUGACCAGGCAGCGAAAAAAGAGCAGCUCGAGGCAGAGACCAAGAGACUGGCAGAAGAACUUCUGGCACAGCAACGAGCAGCUGUGUACUACAAUGAGAAGAGCACGAAACUUCAAGAAGCUCUAAAUAAAGAAGAAUUCACUGUAAACAAUCUGAGCGAAAAACAACUCAAGUAUUACACAGGACUCAGAAGUCGGAAACUAUUUGAUUGGAUAGUUAAAGUGGUGUCUGCUCGUCAACUACCCUACUUCUGUGAGAAAUUGAGCAUCACAGACAAGGUCCUUCUUCUUUUAAUGAAGCUGAGGCUGGGACUGCACAGAACAAGGACCUAGCAUACAGGUUCAAGAUAAGUGCUGACCAAGUAACAAAGAUAGUGAACAUCGGAAGCUCUGUAAUGGCUGAUGCCCUGAAGUUCCUGAUAGUGUGGCCAGAAAAAGGGGCGAUAAUAAGAAACCUGCCUAAAGCUUUUAAGAAAACUAGAAGAUACAAAAAGACUUGUGUCAUAAUUGACUGCAGUGAGAUCUUCAUACAGCGGCCAUCUAAUUUACUAGCUCGAAAUAUUACAUACUCCACAUACAAACAUCACAACACGUUGAAGCUGUUGGUGGGAAUUACUCCAACAGGAGCAGUUUGCUUUCUGUCCAAGUGCUGGGGUGGCCGGGUAUCAGACAAGGAGCUGACAAUCAACAGUGGAUUCCUGGAACAGCUGGAGCAUGGGGACCAGGUUAUGGCAGAUCGAGGAUUCCUCAUUCGAGAAGAACUUCUCUGCAGAGGAGCAAGCCUCGUCAUCCCUGCAUUCACAAAGGGCAAAAAUCAGCUUAGCCACAAGGAAGUCAUCGACUCAAGGAAAACUGCCAAUGUCAGAAUUCACGUAGAACGGGCCAUUGGUCGGAUGAAAAAAUUCCGGAUUCUGAACACAACAUGGGAACUCGGACUGGUCAAGAGUGCAGACAACAUAGUAACAAUAAUCGCUGCACUUGUUAAUCUGCUACCUCCACUAGUGAAAUAAAGGUUUUCCUCCAGUA